AGCUCAAGCAUCACUGUUGUAUAAAACAACCUAAAACUUUAUUUCACAAAAAAAACCGGAACUUCCGUUGUUUGUUUUAGAGCAUGAAAACACGCUCUUUCGACUCAUACGUGUUUUGUGCUCCUACCUACUUCCUAGCGAACGCGUUGUGGGCGUUUCAUCACAGAACACCCACCAGUUGUUUCAUCGUUUUUACGUUUUGAAUAGGAAAACGCCAACUUGUGUGCGAACUUGGACUCCUCGUGAGACCGUGAGUCUCAACGAACAUUCUUCUCGCCACGUGCGACCCCUGAUAAGCGCUAAAUUAAACCAGAGGCAUCAUGUUGCUCCUGCUAGACGACGAUCACAAGCAGCACAUCCAGUUUAUUACCACCGUCGACGAGCCGGUGGCCAAGGAGUUUUGCAAGAUCGCCAACGAGUUCCUCGUUCGCGGUGUGAACACCAAGGUGUACCACUCUGCCGCGCAGAAGCUCCAAGUCGACCACGAAGUCGUUCAAGGUGCCGUCGAGGGCCUUUCCCACCUUCUCAGCCAGGCCGCAAAGCUAAAGCUCACCGAACAACACUUUCGGGAAUCGCUGCUGCUGCUCAGCUUUUCCGAGUCCGUGUGCGAGGAACUGGUCAGGUAUCACUCCGAAAACGAGAAAAACGUGCGCAGGUUGCUGUCCGAGAAGUCCAUUCCUCGCUGGAGCUUCUCGCACCUCCAGUGGAGGCUCGAGGCAGAGAUCGCCACUCGCUGCCUUAAAUCUCACGUUACGCCCCUCGUCACCUUCAAGUUUCACCUCAAGCAAGGCGAUGGCGGCGAAACCAGGGAAGUGGUGCUGCAGACGGACCCGCUGAACUUGUUGCACAUCACCGAAUCGCUGGAGGAAGCUCUGCAGAGUGCGAAGUCGCUUCACGUGCGGAGAAUAGCGAAGCACGUCAAGUGAUGAGAACACGCGAUCGACGCGCGUGACCUGUUGUUCUUAAUCUUAUGUGUGUUGUACCGUGGCGUUCCUCACGCAGUAGAACGGUGUAAUGAAAGUAAUUGCUGCGACGCACUGGUGCCAGUAGGAAGAUUACUCGCCGCUUUGCACCAGAAGUGCGUCAUAAAGGCAUUCCUUGACAUUAGUAUUAGAGUUUUGUUUCGGCAUAAACCACACUGAAACCGUC